AUGCCGUCCAUGAAAAGGAGAAAGCUGUCGCACACCCCUCCGCAGGGCGAGGCAGAAGAUGGCUUCUCAGAUUCAGAGACAUCGCCGGCUUCUCUGGAGGAAACCCCCGGCAAUGACGAGAAAAUUGAGGCUACGACCACAAAGUCAUUCAAGGAUCUCGGGAUCAUUGAUUCUCUAUGCGAGGCAUGCGAUUCGCUAGGUUAUAAGGCUCCAACCCAAAUCCAGGCUGAGUCGAUUCCUCUUGCAUUGCAAGGGCGUGAUUUAAUCGGUUUAGCGGAAACCGGGAGCGGGAAAACGGCCGCAUUUGCUCUGCCAAUCUUACAAGCUCUUAUGGACAAACCGCAAUCGAUGUUUGGCUUGGUCCUAGCUCCAACUCGCGAGCUCGCUUACCAGAUAUCCCAGCAAUUUGAAGCGCUUGGUUCCCUUAUUUCCGUCCGUUGCGCCGUGAUAGUCGGAGGAAUGGAUAUGGUGUCCCAAGCUAUCGCCCUUGGAAAGAAACCUCACAUCAUUGUUGCGACUCCGGGACGUCUAUUGGACCACUUGGAAAACACAAAGGGCUUUUCACUCCGCAGCCUGAAAUACCUUGUUAUGGACGAGGCUGAUCGACUUCUGGACCUUGACUUUGGCCCAAUCCUCGAUAAGAUCCUAAAAGUGCUCCCAAAGGAGCGCCGCACAUAUCUCUUCUCAGCAACAAUGAGUUCAAAAGUUGAAUCCCUCCAGCGCGCGUCCCUCUCAAAUCCGCUCCGAGUCUCCGUUUCGUCCAAUAAAUAUCAAACCGUCUCAACCCUCCUCCAGAACUGCCUCAUUAUACCUCACAAACACAAGGAUAUUUACCUUAUAUACCUUCUCAACGAAUUUCCCGGCCAGUCGGUCAUCAUCUUCACCCGUACAGUUAAUGAAACCCAGCGUCUCGCCAUCUUACUCCGUGCCCUCGGGUUUGGCGCAAUACCCCUCCAUGGCCAACUCUCACAAUCAGCCCGCCUAGGUGCACUAGGCAAAUUCCGUUCCCGCAGUCGAAAUAUCCUCGUGGCCACUGACGUUGCCGCCCGAGGUCUUGAUAUUCCAUCUGUGGAUUUAGUUCUUAACUACGAUCUACCUUCUGAUAGCAAAACGUACAUCCACCGUGUGGGGCGUACGGCACGUGCAGGCAAAAGUGGACGUGCAUUUAGCCUUGUAACGCAAUACGACGUUGAAAUAUGGCAACGCAUCGAAGCUGCACUAGGCAAAGAAUUGGACGAAUAUAAAGUGGAGAAGGAAGAAGUGAUGGUGUUAAGUGAUAGAGUAGGCGAGGCCCAGCGUCAUGCAAUUACGGAGAUGAAAGAAUUACAUGAGAAUAGAGGUAAAAAGGGUGCCACUUUAAGGAAUAGGAGGAUAGGGAAGGGUGCAAAGAGGAGUCGGGAUGAGAUGGAUCGUGAGGAAGGAUGA